AUGCACUUCGGAAUAACGGAUAUACCUGUGUUACUAGUGUUGGUGGUGAUGCGAUUAGAGCUGUGCACCUGCAUGAAGUACACCUGCCUGAUGGGCUCGGACGGGUUCUGCGUCUUUCAGGGGGUGCACAUCGAGAGUGUGGAGCAGGCGCAGGACGUCCAGCUCGAGGCGCCGCCUGCAACAGCGGCCGAGGUGACACGCGUCAAGUUCCGCGAUUCGAACAUGUACGUUCUGCCACCGCGUCUAUACGCCGCCUUCCGGCAGCUGCAGGAACUGCGCGUCUGGUGGAUGCACCUGCACAGUAUUCACGUCGAUCCCCGGUUGCUGACGCUGGACGCGGAGAAGAACCGCAUCAGCACUAUCACGACCGAUCCGGACACGAUUCCGGCCCUGCGCAAGCUCGAGCUCAACCAGAAUCGGCUGCGCAACAUCGACAACAUCUCGCAGUUCGAAAACCUGGAAGUGCUGGAGCUGGCGCACAACGAUCUUCGCACGCUGGACAUGUGCGUGUUUGGUCGUAUGUCCAAGCUGCGAUUGCUCGAUCUGUCCAGCAACAAUCUGGCGCUAGUGCGUAGCUCGCUGCAAUCGCACGAGAAGCUACCGGCGCUGACAGUAUUAUACUUGAACGACAAUCGGCUCUCUUAUCUCGAUCUCGGCGUACUACGAUCGUUCCCGGCGCUGGAGAAGGUGCACCUGGCAAACAAUGCGCUCGUGUACGUCGACUACGACAGCCUGCCGGCGACUGCACUGCCCAGACUACGCAUCUUCCACCUGCAGACUAACGACUGGCACUGCGAGGCUCUCUCGGACCUGGUGGCGUACCUGCGCAAGAUGGGUGUACAGGACUUUAAGACGUUCAGUGCGUUCAACUGCAAGGAACGCUCAGUCGAGGGUAUCUGCUGUACGGAGAACCGUCCGUUCGCGCUGGUACGCAAGUCCAGCCGAUAUCUGGCACACUACGCCUCCGAACUGAACGGUCACACGCGCCACCUAAUGCGCGAACUUCAGCAUACACGCCACGAGCUGGUCCGGUUGAGCGUCAACGACAACUUCACCCAGACAUCCCUGCGGAACCUUGGGGACGAAGUGGAAGACUUGCGCAAUCAGCUGACGGACGUAAUCUCCUCAUCCUCGGGUGACGCACAGCCCCCGACCACCUUAUCCCCCGGUAGUGGGCGUUCGAAAAACAUUGCCCACCAGGGUGUUGGCAUCGAUCCGGAACGGCUUUCAGCGGAGGUUGCUAAAAUGCGGCGCGACAUGCAGAAAGUGCUGCGGGACAACGAAACCCUGCGCCAGCAGGCUCGCCAGCACGACAAGCUAAGGCAGGAGCUGGACGCCCUGCGCAACGACACGGAAGAGACCAAGAUGGCGUUCCAGCUGCUAAAGGAGGAGAACUCGCUGCUCAAGCAGGACCUUCAGCAGUUGCAGCAGAAGUUUCUGCAGCUCUUCAACCGUGGACCCAACGUCUGA